AUGUUCUGCUCCUCUCUGUCCAACGUGAGCUUGGGUAAGGGCACGUACGCGAUUCCAGACGACGCCUUCUCGAGCUGCCGCUCUCUCCCGACCAUCACCAUCCCUGAAGGCGUGACGAGCAUUGGCAGCAGCGCCUUUAGCGGCUGCUCCUCGCUCACCUCGGCCACGCUGCCGACCGGCCUGGAGAGCAUCGGUGGCUCCGCAUUCCAUGGCUGUGGCGAUCUCGCCAGCAUCGCCAUUCCCGAUGGCACGACCAGCAUUGGCAGCAAUGCUUUUAAGGAAUGCUCGUCGCUCUCGGCGGUAAGCCUCCCGGCCAGCCUCGAGAGCGUCGGAAGCGGUGCCUUUCAGAGUUGCACCGCACUUGCGAGCAUCGCCCUCCCCGGCAAUGUGACGAGCAUCGGCACGAGCGCCUUCGAGCACUGCUCUUCCCUCGCGGUUGUCACGCUGCCGGAUAGCCUCGUAAGCGUUGGUUGGUACGCCUUCCGCUACUGCGGCGCUCUCUCGAGCAUCGCCGUCCCUGAUGGCGUCACAGACCUCGGCGACUACGCCUUCUACAACUGCUAUUCCCUCGCGUCGGUCUACCUCUCGGCCAGCCUCGUCAACGUUGGGCACUACGCCUUCUACCGGUGCUAUUCUCUCUCGAGCAUCGUCGUCCCGGAUAACGUGACUAGCAUCGGCAACAACGCGUUUGAGUACUGCUCCUCGCUCGGCAGCGUCACCCUCUCGGCCGGCCUCACGAGCAUCGGCGUCAGAGCUUUCAGGAGCUGCUCCGCGCUCUCAAGCAUCGCCAUACCCGACGGCGUCACCAGCCUCGGCGACUACACCUUCGAGUACUGUACAUCGCUCUCGACGGCCGUCCUCUCGGCCAGCCUCGUGAGCAUUGGAACCGGCACUUUCAUUCGGUGCUACGAUCUCGAGAGCAUCAUCAUCCCCGAUAGCGUGGUCAGCAUCGGCGCCUACGCCGUUCCUCGGUGA